AUGGAACCACGCCCUCACCGACAAGUCUUCCGAUUCCCGCCUUUUCGUCGCAGGUGGUUGAACCCUCUCAUGUGGCUCGGGUCGAGGAGGGACUUGGAGCUGGGCGAUCUGUUCGGAGUUCCGCAGGGAGACGAGUCGGAUAAUUUGGGAGAUGAACUUCAGAGGCAAUGGGAGCAUGAAUUGAGGAAGGCGAACGUCUCAGACGGCCACUUGGACACGGAACAAACGACGACGAAGGAAGGGCAGAAGAUGAAAAGACCGAGUUUACUGAAGGCCAUCGUCAGGACAUUCGGAGGGAAGUACGCCGCGGCUGGGAUCAUCGUCUUCUUCGAAGAAUGCGUCCUGAGGGUGGCUCAGCCGGUUUUCAUGGCAUUGCUGAUCCGAUAUUUCUCUGGGAACUGGAAAUACGGAAACGAGACAUAUUGGGGCUGGUUAUUUGGCACUGGCGUCAUACUAUGCUCUCUUCUGUACAUCUUUACGCACCAUGCUGUCUUUUUCAACAUCGGAAGAUACGGAAUGCAGAUCAGAGUCGCGUGCGGAUCCAUCAUCUACAGAAAAGCGUUGAGACUGAGCAAAUGUGCGUUGGGUCGAACGACUUCGGGUCAGAUGGUGAACCUCCUGUCCAACGACGUCAACAGAUUCGACCAAUCGGUCAUCUACCUCCACUACCUGUGGAUAGGACCGAUUCAGGCCAUCAUCUCGACGGCCAUCCUCUGGCUCGAAUUCGGGAUCUCCUCCCUCUCGGGCAUCGCCUUCCUCAUCCUCUUCGCGUCCUCUCAAGGUUCUCCUUUGGCUUCUUGCCCUGAUGCGAUCGGGAGAGUGUUCCUGGCAGUGGCCGUGUAUAACAACAUACGAAUGACCAUGACCUAUUACUUCCCUUUUGGGGUUGCUCAAGCAGCAGAAACUGUCAUCUCGAUCAAACGACUGCAGGAAUUCCUCCUCCAUGAGGAACUGAGGAAGCCAAACCAUUACAUGGUAUCCAGUCCUGGUGUCCUUGGUGAUGCUGAUCAAAGAAAAUCCACAAAACCCUUGUCCAAGAAUGGAAAUCCGGGAAUCGAGAUGAAGAAUGCAAUAGCCUCAUGGACGAAAGGUCGAGAAAGCAUCGUUCUCGAUGGCGUCUCGGUAUCUGUGAAACCUGGCCAACUCGUUGCAGUCAUAGGUCCCGUUGGCAGCGGAAAGAGUUCCAUGGUGCAGGCGAUCUUGGGGGAGUUACCACUGGAAACCGGUGAAUUGCAGGUGAGGGGAAGACUGGCAUACACAGGACAAGAGCCCUGGGUCUUCGCUGGAUCCAUUCGUGAAAAUAUCACAUUGGGGAAAUCGUACGAUGGAGCACUCUUUAGCCGAGUCGUACACGCCUGCGCACUUCACAAGGACCUCGAUCAUUUCCCCCAUCGAGAGCGGAGUCUCGUUGGGGACCGUGGAAUCACUCUCUCCGGUGGACAGAAAGCCCGAAUUUCGCUUGCCAGAGCGUUGUACCAAGAAGCAGACAUUUACCUGUUGGACGACCCACUGUCAGCGGUAGACGCUCAUGUAGGACGACACCUAUUCAACAAAUGCAUAAUGGGAUACUUGAAAGACAAGCCGAGGAUAUUGGUAACUCAUCAGCUUCAGUUCCUCCAAACGGCUGACGGGAAAGUGGCGACGAGCGGCACGUACAACGAACUGCUGAAGUCGGGAGUGGAUUUCACGAAAUUGAUGGCCAAACAUGAGACUUCUCAGCAUCUCGAGGAAGAGCUGUCAUCGACGAGGAUAAAUAGAACCUGUUCUAAUGAAAGCUUGCCAAGUCUGGAUGUUCAGUCUUACACGAACGAGGGAUCUACAACGAAACUUGGAGACAAAGCUUCUGCACCGACACUAGCAGAAGAAACUAGAUCUCGUGGGAGUUUAUCAGCAAGGAUAUACUGGGAUUAUCUUAAAGCAGGAGCUGGAUGGUUCCUUCGCUUGCUCCUCAUCGUCAGUUACAUUCUCACUCAGUGUGCAUUCUCGGGCUCUGAUUGGUGGCUCUCGUACUGGACGAAUGCGCAGCAAGAGGCGGCGAACCGGACCAAUAGUUCUGCUGUGGAAUUACUCUUUGGGAAUCCACUACUGGAUCCGUGGACACCGAUGUACAUCUACGUGGCGAUCGUAGUAGCCUUGUUUUUGCUGUCCAUUUUCAGAACGGUGUUGUUCUUCUAUAUCUGCAUGAAUUCAUCCAUCAACCUUCAUUCUUGCAUGUUCAAAUCUGUACUCCGAGCCCCAGUCGCCUUCUUCGAUAACAAUCCAGUUGGCCGGAUCCUGAACAGAUUCAGCAACGACGUCGGAGCAUCAGACGACAUGCUGCCUCCUACAGCUUGCGACAGUCUCGGAGUGGCGUUCCACAUACUGGGCGUCUCCGUCCUGCUCUGCAUUGUCAAUUACUACGUCAUCAUUUGCACGAUCGUUAUCAUGGUAGCCUUCAGUUGUCUACGUCACUUCUAUCUGAAUACGGCCAGAGAUCUGAAGCGCCUCGAAUCCAUCACACGAAGUCCGGUCUUUUCUCAUCUGAGUGCUUCCUUGAACGGGCUGGCGACCAUCAGAGCCUCGCAUGACGAGGAUAUCUUCAUAAAGGGGUUUGACAAUCAUCAAGAUCUUCACACUUCUACGUGGUUCGUUUUCCUAUCUGGCACCCGAUGGUUCGGGAUUUGGUUGGACUGGCUGAUUGUCGCCUAUCUAGCUGCUAUCACCUACAGUUUCAUGGGAAUCGGUCGAGAGGCACUGGGUGGGGAUGUCGGGCUUGCGAUAUCCUCGGCAAUUAUGCUGGCUGGGAUAUUCCAAUUGGGUGUACGACAGAGUGCAGAAUUGGAAAAUCAGAUGGUGUCUGUGGAAAGAAUCAUGGAAUAUUCCCGUUUGAAAGAAGAGGCGGCCCUCGAAUCUCCCCCUGACAAGAAGCCACCUUUAGGCUGGCCAUCAGAAGGGCAUGUGAAAUUCGAGCACGUAUCCCUACGAUAUGCCCCUGACUCAUCGCCGGUGCUCAAGGAUCUUACAUUUACGAUAGCGGCAAAGGAAAAGGUGGGAAUAGUGGGGAGAACUGGAGCAGGGAAGUCAUCAUUAAUUACCGUCCUAUUCCGUCUGACGGAGCCCGAGGGUAGAAUCCUCUUGGACGGAAGAGAAACCAAGGCUUACGGUCUCCAUGAAGUCCGACGAGGAAUCGCCAUCAUUCCACAGGAUCCAGUCCUCUUCCAGGGAACGAUGCGACGGAACCUCGACCCAUUUGAUGAGCAUUCGGACGAGGCUUUGUGGAAAGUCUUGGAACAAGUUCAGCUGAAGCAACCAGUCAGUGAAAUGAAGGAAAAACUGGAUACAAAGCUCUCCGAAGGAGGAAGCAAUUUCUCCGUCGGUCAGCGGCAGCUCGUCUGCCUGGCCAGGGCCCUCCUUCGCCAAAACAAAAUCCUCAUUCUCGAUGAAGCCACAGCCAACGUCGAUCCAGAGACAGAUGCCCUCAUCCAAGACACACUUAGAAGGAGUUUCAGUGACUGCACUGUGUUGACGAUUGCACAUCGUUUGGAUACGAUCAUCGACAGCGAUAAAGUUCUCGUCCUUGACCACGGAGAAAUUAAGGAAUUAGGGCAACCGCACGAGCUGCUGCAGAACGAGAAUGGCUUCUUCUCUGAUCUGGUAGGCCAGACGGGACCAGGAGCGGCAAAGCGGCUUCGUCUCGCUGCUGCACGGGCCACCCUGUGGCAGGAGAACCGCCGCCUCACCAUGCUGAUCCUGAAGGACUUCACCUUCAGGAAGAGAGAAGUCGUGGAUUUGAUCAUCCAAGACGCCGUCCUACUCCUCUGCGGGUUCCUCAAAGAGAAUCAGCGCAAACCUCUACAUCUUGGGCCCUGCCUCAAUCUCGCAAUCACCAAUAUCAUCUGGAAAAUGGUUGUAGGCCCAUGGGGAUUACCGAUAUUGGGAUACGCCCCUUUCCUCCUGGGAGAGUACAAAUACCUGAAGAUGAACUCUCUGAGGAAGAAACACGGCGAUAUCUUCACAAUCAGCCUGUUGAACUAUGAUGUCGUGAUCCUGAGCGACUGGGAACUCGUGCGAGACUUUUUCGGGCGACUGGAGAUCUCGGGUCGACCCAAUAUCUUCAUCGUACGAGAACCCGCUUCACACGGCCUGGGUAUCGCGCUGUCGCAGGGAAGCAUAUGGCUGGAAAACCGGCGCUUUACCAUGCGGAUUCUGAAGGAUUUCGGCUUAGGGAAAAAGGAAGCCUUGGAUUCCAUGAUCCAAGAUUCCGCGAUUACUCUAUGCCGAUUCCUCUCGAGGAAUCAGCACGAGCCGCAAGACCUCGGCCCCCACCUUAACCUCGCCAUACUCAACAUCAUCUGGAAAAUCAUUGCGGGCAGGCAAUUCUCCCAAGACGACGCGAAGAUGCAGGGCGUGAUGAUCGGACUCGAGGAGGUCUUCUUUGAUUCCUCCAUCCUCGGGAACUUCCACUUGGCGCCCCUCUUGGUCUUCUUUUGGCCGCCUGCGCUCAGGGCAUACAGACGCAUCCACCGCAAUCUGGCUGUCAUAACGAAAGUGUUCUCGGAUGAGGUGGAGGAACACAAGAAAAGCCUGCCAUUGUCCGGGGAACCAAGUGAUUACAUCGAAGCCUAUCUCAUGGAAAUGGCAAAACAAAAGGCUCAAGGAGAAAUCAACCCCAAUUUUUCAGAACUCGGAUUACAGACGAACAUCGCUGACAUGUUCAUCGCCGGGAGCGAGACGACGGCGAGCUCCAUCCGUUGGUGCGUCCUGUUUCUCCUCUGCCACCCCGAAAUUCAGGAGAAACUCCAGGCUGAAGUAGACAACGUCGUUGGGCCCGAUAGACUUCCUUCACUCGAUGACCGAGACAGGUUUCACUUUGAUCUUGGAAUGCCAUUCACGCAAGCCUUCAUCAUGGAGGUGCUUAGACUAUCGCAUCUGGGCCCCUUUGGGGUGCCUCACGUGGCCACAGAAGACGUAGAAAUCGCAGGAUAUCGAUACCCUAAGAAAUUCACAUUUCGCACCACGACGGGACUUCCUCAUCCGAAAGCCGAGGCUGUUGGAAGCUUCGCAGUGAAUCCUCCUAAACCCUUCCAAUUCCUCGUAGAGGAGAGAAAGCAUUGA